GGAAAAAAAAAAAUUUACUGCCCGCACAAACCCUCGCCCUUUCUUUUGUGGGAGUGCACCAACCAGCUCGUGUGUGCUUCUUCCUUACGACCUGCACUGCACUUUUUUUCUUUUGAUUGUUUUCUCUGGCAGAGAGAUUCCUUACUUAUGGCCUGUCAGUAAAAAGGCUCGCCAUUUGAUUUCCUUGUCUCCCUCGCCGUGGGACCGACCUAGGCUCCGCCCUGUGACGCCCCUCGACGCAGCACGCUCACUGUCCCUCGCCGACUGCAGAGCCUGCCCGCGCACGCUCGCAUACGCCCUCCCACGUCGGAGGACACCUGGUGCCCAGUGCGAUCUAUUGCCGGCCCUGCGGCCUCAUUUCCUCUUCAUCGUCGCUGUCGUUCUUCGCCCCCUCCGCGCUCAGCUUCCCUUCCUGCGGGGCUACGAACUCGUCCGCUAGGCGCAGAGGGCUCCCCACGUCUCGCGCCUACCAGCGGUUUCUGUCCUCGCCUCUCCGCUCUUAGGGCUAUCGCGCGGCAUAUCGCAUACGAGACUGUCCAUCUAAAUCUCUCCCGAAAGACGGAGAACUUACUUGACCCCUCGGGAAUUCCGUGCCUGCCGUCAUCGACCAGGAUCGCUCGGCCCAUCCUGUCGCGAACCACUCUUUGAAACUCCUCCACGCAACGUCUCACUACACGUCGCCCCAGCGCGGUACCGAUACCCUGCCACGCGCAACUCCUCGCCCUGCGGGAUCAGGCAUCACCGCUGUCUUGAUUGCGUAGGGGACACGCCUUCCUGCCUCUCCGGAUCCAGACUGACUGGGGAGGCGCCUCUCUGUAUCCACUUGCGCCGAGCCACAAGUGGUCAUCUCGCCGGGUUUGCGAAAUCCCGAACUCACGCCCGACAACUGGUCCAAGGCGGCUCUAAUGGCCACGACGGUAGCGAAGUCUGCAGUGCCCGCCGACACCAUGGCGUCUGCCCCCGUCUUCUCAUACGCCCAGGCUGCCCGCGGACAGGUCGUUCCUCCGGCGACCUCACAGCCGGAGAAUUCCGCCCCUCCCUCAACAAGCUCUCAGGGUAAGGAUGACAACGUUUCCACGACGAACACGAUCGCCACUUCGGCUACGUCGUCUAACGCGUCGGACGUUCAAGACAUCCCGAAGGCCCUCCAAGAAUCAACCGACUUGUCGAACCCGAAGAAUCUCGAUUCUGAGCUGAGCUCCGUCGUUGAUUCCGUUGGUCAGGACUCGCGCGACGACGCUGCAUCUGCAACCGGCUCCCAAUCGCAGGGGCCCUCCAAGGGCCCUGGCUCCUCGACGGUGGCGUCCCAGGCUGGCGACGCCCCAGACUCGAGGAAACACCGCAAGGGCAAGAAGUCCAAGGGCUCGGAGAAGGACGACGAGCAGGAUAAAACCAAGGAGAACCUAAAGGUAUUUGAGCCGCCAAAGGUUGAGCUCUCCGAGGCCCCGAUUCCGGCCGUGAACGUGUGGCACCAGCGCAAAGAAGAGCGCGCAGCGGCUACUGGCAAGCCUGCCGCCGUGGCACCAACAAAGCCCGGCGCGCCCGGCGCAGAGACCCCUGCGGAGGCCGGCAAGGCGCUCGCGGCGAAGAAGCCCACAUCCUCUCCGGCGGAUGAGUCGUCCGAGUCUGGAAACAAGGCUCCCUCAACGGCGGCAAGCGCUCGCGCACCCAGGAGACCCACGGACUCCGCUCGUGUCGCCCCUGCGAACGAGAACAUUGCCCGCAGAAACGCACCCCGCGGAAGCAGGAUGCAAGGCAAGGAUGAUAGGACACCCGCGUCGGACAACCUGCCUCCAGUCCAGGAUGCUGCGCUGUGGCCGUCCAUAGAACUGGCCGCCGCCGAUGAUGCCAAGAAGAAGGCUUCAGAGAAGCCCGAACAGUCGGAGAAGCCCGAGAGGCCCGAGGAUGGUGCAGCUGCGAAGCCGCGCCCGAAGAAGGAGUGGGUGGCUGUUCCCAUCACACCGACAUUCACCUACGAGACUCAGUUCACACAUCCCAAGCAACCGCGCACCCGCGGCGGUGGCAGGGGAGGUCGCGAGACGGGCACCAGCAGGGGAGGCCAUGUUCCCCCGACCAGCGCCUCUCCAGCGGAGAAAGAUAGCACGACUCCGGCCGGGCUCCCUCCCAAGACCGGAAGCGAGGUUCGUGAGCGUCCGAGAGAUGCCCCCGCUCCAGUCUCCCAUCCUCGCCAGACAUCACAGAACCCAGGAAUGCCGAAACGCAACGGACCUGAUUCGUCAACACGCGAGCCGCGCAAGGCCACGGCUAUGUCGGCCAACGACAAGCCCAAGGCCGAGUACGGUGCCACCCACUACCCCCCGAAAGGGGAGAUGUCCGCCCGCGGCUCGCGGCCAGAUGUUCCGAACGGAGAGCAGGCCCACGCCGACCGCAGGAGGCAGUCUGCCGACAGGCGAGAGCCCAGGGCGCACGAUCCUGCCAGCGACAAUGGCAACAACCACCCCGUUCGCGAGACCCGGAACGAGCGAGGCCGGGGUGGGUACCGCGGUCGCGGCGGCGCGAAUCACGGCGCUGGCGGCCAUCACCAACAAUCCAGCUACGGAGGAAACGGCCAGCGUUUCAUGGGUGGCAGCAACGGAAUUGGCUCGCAGCCCUUCAGCCCCACGGCAAACCAGUACCAGCCCUUCUUGGGCCAUGCCAAUGGAAACCGCAGGGCUCCGGCUCGUGCGCAGACUGGGCCCUCUCACAGCGGCCAGCGACUUCAGAAUGGCGGGACGGCCCCCAGCCGGAUGCCGUCGCUGCCCAUCCCCGCGUCCACCAACCCGGAGUUCCCCGUCCAGGCCUAUCAGCCCGCCUACAUGGGCCCUGGCUACGGCGGUGAGGACUAUAUCCUACAGGGUCUGAAGCAACAGGUUGAAUAUUACUUCAGCCCCGACAAUCUGCUUCGGGACAUCUAUCUGCGAGCGAGGAUGGACUCGCAGGGAUAUGUGCUUCUCAAGACCAUUGCCCAGUUCAAGAGAGUCCAGCAGCUUGCACCCCGCUACGAGUUCAUUCAAGCAGCCUGCGCCCAUUCCCAGGAGGUCGACUAUGUUGUCGCCGAGGACGGCCUCGAGCGUCUCCGCUCGCGCCGCGACAUGACGCCCUUCAUCCUCGAUAUGCCGCAGCGCGUCGAGGAGAGCAGGAACAAUGGCCCGACCAGCGUUGCCUACCACAACCUGGACCGUCAGCCGUACGGCAACGGCUACGGCCACCCCAUGUACAUGGCAUCUCCCACCACCUUCCACCCAGAUUUCCAUCAGAACGGAGGCGAGCAUGCUCAUCCCAUUUACGCUGCCAACGGGGUUCACUUUGCACCUGGUGUAGUUAUGGGUGGCGACUAUGCCAACGGCCCUCGUUACAAUGGCGAGUCUCAGCUGUCAGCCAAUGUUCCCGACUUCUCUCCCAUCUCUCACCAGCGGCCAAGCCUCGAGACCUUCCAGCGCUUCCAGGAUGCCGACAUCCCGAAGCUGAAGGUUGUUCUGGAUAGUAGCAGCAAGCCUUUAGUUGCUACUAACGGCACUGCUCCUGCCUCUGAAGUGGGACCGGCAGCAGAGCACCUACCCAACGGUACUUCUACGCCCGCUACUAGCUCCUCGGAAACCGCCGAAGCCGACCGUCCUACUCAGUCGGACGGCUCCAGCUAUGCAGACUUCCACAAGAAGGCCCUGGACCAACGUCAGGAUGCCGCCCCCGGAGAGACGCCUCAGGACAUGCACAACCUCUAUAAGUUCUGGCUUGAUCUUCUCUCCAACACAUUCAACACCAAGCUUUACAAUGAGUUCCGCCAGCUUGCGAUCGAGGAUGGUACCAAGAAGCCUGCCAAUGUUGCAGGUCUGCGCUAUCUGGUCACCUUUUACGAGGCCCUGUUCAACAGCAGGCGCGCAUAUCCCGAGGACUUCGACACCCACUACCAAGAGGCCAAGAGCAUUGUCGAUUCGUUCUCCGGUCUGCCCAACGGCGAGGCGCACGCCUAGUCAUGUACGCCAUUGUACGACAUAAGUCACUCCUUGACUUGAGGAGAGAAUCUAGCCAUGACCUCAGGAGAUGGCAGGCGCUCCAUUGUCAGCACGCACGCACACAGAAGAAUAAAAAAGCACGACAAAAAAGCAAAAAAAUCAAAGCCCAAAAUUGCAUCUGCUUGUGGCAUGUUGUUCAUGGGCAAGCGCGGCGCACUUGAUUGUACCACCUUCUCACAUACCCAGACAGGCAAAGUCAAGUGGGUUGGCUUUUGACUACCGAGCUGUUCGAGUUAUCCCAUAUCAGUACGCCAAGUUCUGCCUGGCCGUCACAACCAAGCUACCUUGCCAUCUAUCUGUUGAGCUGUCUUCCAAGAUCUUGAAGCCAGCAGUUCGGCAUAUCGCAGCAGGUUUCUUCGACGGACCUACCUCGCGGAUUCUUGCGCACCUUUUGGCACACCCCUUUUGUCGAAUUUCUUCCUUUUCCUUUCUUUUUUUUCACGAGGGCAACGAGAGACGGGAAUUUUGUUAUGCUCGGACGCUAUGGCUGAUGAUAUAAAAUGGCGUUCUGUGGGCAUUCGAGGCGAUCGGGGGACGGGGAGGACUGAUGCAUCUUUUCAGAAGAGUCACGACCAGUCAGCCCGUGCGUUGGUGGCCUCGAUUUGCCGACGGAUGCUGGCCAUAUAUGAGGGGGCAACCGGAGGUUUGUCCAGAUAUGUCCGAGUCUGAAAGCGGGCAGCCCAUGAGAGGUUGGGCCGGGCGAGGCAUCAGUUAAGGGUGGAGCUGUGGCUUCGUUUCCCCUUCUGCAGCUGGCCUUCCGUUGCAGCGUUGUUUGACUUGUUUCGUUCUCUUUGCUUGCUUUACUUUUCCUUGGGCUGGGUAUUGAGGUUACAGCGGGGUUUUCGGCAUUGGGACUUUUUUUCUUUUUUUCUUUUUUUCUUUUGCAAAAGAUGGUCGGGUGGCGGAGGGAUCUGGCGAAGAGGCUCGAGGGAGCCAACCGCUUACCUCGUCCUUGACCGUCAUCCGACGUCGUUUUUAAGACUUCGUUUUUGUCCUUAUUUUCCCCCAUGUCCCGCAGCUCGGCUCACCUUUUCGUUUCUCCCGCUUCUCCCGUUUUACACCGGUAUCGUCGUUGCAUCUCGGCCACGGAGGGGGAAAGCGACAUCUGCGUCAGAAAAAAUGGCUUAGGUGACGGUCCGGGUUAUCCGUGGUUUUUGCUAGAUCCUCCGACACCACCACCAUCUGCGAUCUUUUCUCGUCCAUAUUGCACAAUCCGGAAAGACAAAAACGUUUGGUUCGCAAGGGGCUUGUAAAUUAUACCUACUCGACUAAAACAAAAACAAAAAAGAAAGUAAUCAGGAUAACGACUUUGGUUGUUUCGCAA